AUGCUCCGCAGCGCAGCGUCGGUACUGCUGAGGACCAGCGCUAAGAUCUCCUCCCUCUGUCCGGUGCCGAGGGUCCGACUCGUACCGAAGCCGCCCCGAAACAGGCCGUUUUCUCUGUCGGUCUGCUUCUACCAGAGGAAGAAGAAGGAAAGUCUUCGGCCGCGGCUGUCUGAAGGGCAAAACAUGGGCAGUAUUAACAACGAAGAGGUUCUCGCCCCGCUGAGGCUUGCGGUGAAAGAGCAGGGGGACCUUGUGCGCAAAAUGAAAGAGGAAGGGGCCCCUGAUGUGGACAUUACCAAAGCUGUGGCAGAGCUGAAAGCAAGGAAGAGAAUGCUCGAGGCCAAGGAACUAGCCUUGCAGCCCAAAGACGACAUUGUAGACAGAACCAAAAUGGAAGAUACUCUGAAAAGGCGAUUCUUCUAUGAUCAAGCCUUUGCUAUCUACGGGGGUGUGAGCGGCCUAUAUGACUUUGGCCCCGUGGGUUGUGCCCUAAAGAACAACAUACUACAGGCCUGGAGGCAGCACUUCAUCCAAGAGGAGCAGAUUCUGGAGAUUGACUGCACCAUGCUGACCCCAGAGCCUGUGCUCAAGACGUCUGGACAUGUGGAAAAGUUUGCCGACUACAUGGUGAAAGAUGUCAAGAACGGUGAAUGCUUCAGGGCUGACCACCUCCUUAAAGCUCAUCUCCAAAAGUUGAUGUCUGACAAGAAGUGUGCUGCCGAGAAGAAGGCUGAGAUGGCUGAAGUAAUCACUCAGAUGGACAACUACACCCAGCAAGAACUGACUGAUCUGUUUGUGAAAUACAAUGUCAAGUCACCCACCACAGGAAAUGACCUCACAGCCCCAAUUUCCUUCAACCUCAUGUUUCAGACGUCCAUCGGGCCAGGGGGGAAUAUGUCAGGCUAUCUGAGGCCUGAAACCGCUCAGGGAAUCUUCCUCAACUUCAAGCGUCUGUUGGAAUUCAACCAGGGAAAGCUUCCCUUUGCUGCUGCUCAGAUAGGAAACUCCUUCAGAAAUGAAAUCUCUCCUCGCUCUGGACUCAUUCGUGUUAGAGAGUUCACCAUGGCUGAGAUUGAGCACUUUGUGGACCCAACAGAAAAGGUCCACCCUAAAUUCCACAAUGUGGCCGACCUGGAGAUCACAUUGUACUCCUCCAAGGCGCAGACCAGCGGCCAGUCUGCCCACAUUAUGAGACUGGGUGAUGCAGUGGAGCAGGGAGUAAUCAACAACUCCGUCCUGGGUUAUUUCAUCGGGAGGAUCUACCUCUACCUCACUAAAGUUGGCGUGGCCAAAGAUAAGCUACGCUUCCGUCAGCACAUGGACAAUGAGAUGGCCCACUAUGCCUGUGACUGCUGGGAUGCUGAGACCAAAACCUCUUAUGGAUGGAUAGAGAUUGUGGGCUGUGCUGACAGAUCAUGCUACGAUCUAAAAUGUCAUGCGCGGGCUACAAAGGUCCCUCUGGUUGCUGAGAAACCUCUGAAAGAACCCAAAGUUGUCAAUGUCGUCCAGUUUGAGCCCAACAAAGGCGCCAUUGGGAAGGCCUACAAGAAGGAUGCUAAGCUAGCGAUGGAGUAUCUUGCUGUGUGCGAUGAAUGCUUCAUUACCGAACAGGAACAGCUGCUCAAUGAAACUGGGGAGUUUACCAUUGAGACGGAAGGCAAGUCUUUCAAGCUCACCAAGGACAUGGUGAGCGUGAAGCGGUUCCAGAAGACUCUGCAUGUGGAAGAAGUGGUUCCCAGUGUAAUCGAGCCCUCCUUCGGCAUCGGUAGAAUCAUGUACACCAUCUUUGAGCACACAUUCCAUGUCAGAGAGGGUGAUGAACAGAGAACGUAUUUCAGCUUCCCUGCCACUGUAGCUCCGUACAAAUGUUCCGUCCUUCCUCUGAGCCAAAACCAGGAAUUCAUACCUUUUGUCAAGGAAUUAUCUGAGGCAAUGACUAGGAACGGUGUCUCUCACAAAGUGGACGACUCUUCAGGGUCUAUUGGGAGGCGCUACGCCAGGACAGAUGAGAUAGGAGUGGCUUUUGGGAUCACCAUUGAUUUUGACACAGUGAACAAGACGCCUCACACAGCCACUUUGAGAGACCGUGACUCCAUGAGGCAGAUCAGGGCAGAGGUUAGUGAGUUGCCGGUGAUAAUCCGAGAUCUGGCAAAUGGUACCUUGACCUGGGCUGAGGUGGAAAGCAAGUACCCCAUCUUUGAAGGGCAAGAGACCAGCAAGAAGGACACAGAAUAAACAUCUCGCUCAUCUGCCAGUCACUUCUCUGAACAGCUACAGACUUUUUGCACAUGCAUCAGUUGAAAGAUUGCGAUUGUAUUGUGACAAGCUAUCGAUGUACGCUGAGGGCGCCCUCAGUGUCCCACCCCACUGCGUCACUAGAAUUCAAUUUCAAAAUAAAUGUUAUGUAUUUAUGAUGCCUAACAACAAUUAUGGGUAACAAAAGGUUGCAGGGUUUUGUUUUUUUCUUUCUUUCUUACUUUUUUUUUUUUAUUCAAACAAUUUCAGGGCAUCUCCAGAUGUUUUUAAAAAGGGAGAAAACUUGUUCAGGUUUACGUCUGGUGUGGAAGGAAACUUUCACAAUUCCAGUUUUUUGGCCAGAUGGAAUGAGUGAUUCAAGAAAAGCAAGCAGCACUUAAUGGUCAGACAUAGGACUAAUAUUUUCUGUAAAGCGUCUAAAGCAUCAAAACUUAACCUGGUCACUAAUGUUCAGUGAUUCAACACAUAUAGUAACGCUAACGGUUCUAGGGACUGGGGUUUGAUUUCCAUGUGGAGCCUCGUGUUUAAAAAUCACACCCCCUGAGCGUCAAAGAGUAACGGUACACUUAAAGAGAGUCUGGUAUUUUUUUUAACCUAUCCCCUAUUUCGCUAUAUUUAGGAGUCAAACUCAGCGAUGGGUUGCAGAAUCUUUCAAAACUGAUUCAGUAUUAAGCAAGCUAGCCUCAGCUGCCUGCACUCCUAGCUGCAGUGUAAUUCUCUGAGGCAAUAACAGUCACCCAAUCACGUCCACUAAAGAGCUCUAUAUUGGUACUCAUGGGCUCAAAGUUAUGAAAGCGGUCUUUAGAAUUUUAGCCACAAUAUCACUCAUGAAAAUUAGAAAAGGUAUCCAUCCAUUUCUAAUCCAAAGCAGAUGUGUCUGUAAUCCUGCAAGGAGCGGGUUGUUGCAGGAAGACAGCGGAAAUGAGUUGCACGGCACUGUUUCCUCACAGCAAGAAGGUCCUGGGUUCGAACCCCAGGCCAUCCCAGAUCCUCUCUGUGUGGAGUUUGCAUGUUCUUCCCAUGUCUGUGUGGGUUUCCUACCACCAUCAAAAAGACAUGCAUGUGAGAGUCAAUACUCCUGUCUGUGCCCAUGAGCAAGGCAGUAGGAACAAAUAACUGGAGUUGGUCCCCGGGUGCUGCAUGGCAGCUACCCACUGCUCCUAGCUACACAGCUAGGAUGGGUUGAAUGCAGAGUGCAUUUCAUCGCAUGUAGUAUGCACAAAUGACAAAGUGUAUUCUAUUCCUAAGUGCAAAAAGGAAAAUGCAAAAAAGUACCACUGAGCUGAAUGACUAUCGUUGGAUCGUCUUUUCAUAAUGAAAAUGUUUUCAAACACGUCUCAUAAAAUUCAGGGACCGUUGAUGCAAAAAAAGCUUUAAGUGGAUGAUAUUUGACCAGAACUACUGCUGCUAGCUCUCUCAGUACCGAAUCAAUUUAAAAGAUUCUGCUGCCCAUCACUUGGCUCGUGAUAGGAAAAUAGGGCUUAGAUUAAAAAAAAGUUUCCCUUUAAGUUUUGAGUGAUAUGGCUCAAUUACAAUUAAAGCAAUCAAUCCUGGAUGAACUCAACACUGCUGUGCAAAUGUGUCCACAUUUCCUUCAAUAAAUCUGCCAACAAUUGCACAUCUGUUGGUUGAACUCUCGCAUAGACAAGCAGUCCUGAAUGCUUAUGUCCAAGUACUUUGGUCCACAGACACAUCACAUGCAGACGGGAAAAAAAUGCCACUAUGACAACUGUAGAGUCAGUCUGACCCCACCCACCCACCCAACUAUUGCCUUUGUCUUGCUUAGGGGAUAACUGAUGAGGCUAUAAGAAAAGUGUUUGCCAAAUCGAUGAUCAUAGCGACAAUAUUUGACUUAUAAAUGCAUGCAAAUAUCCUUUUUUGAUACUUGCAUUUAAGACAACAGCAAAUCCACCACUAUUAAAAUUAUAAACUCUAGUAGUUUUACUGUCUUUCCAAGAAAACCGAUUUUGUCAAUUUUGUCUUUACAGCAGCAGCCAAAUGAAGAGGAAUAUAGGCAGGUGUUGGCGAGUUUGAAGCAGCAGUAGCCGUGUCGUGGCUAUAUGAGCGCUAUCUGCAGCUUAGACUCGGGUUCACAUAAGAUUUCGUGUUUGGCGGUGGGGGAAGAUGCUGACAACAGCAUUGGCAAAGCAGUUCUGUUCUAAGUUUAAUGGAUCUUGGAUUUACAGAGGUCAGACUGAUGGAGAUAUGGCAGGCCAUUUCACCAUUCAGUCAUUUGAAGGCACUAGGAAUGAAUGGGUGUGUGAGUCUGUCGGCCCUGUGAUGGCCUGGCGGCCUGUCCAGGGUGUCUCCCCGCCUGCUGCCCAAUGACUGCUGGGAUAGGCUCCAGCAUCCCCGUGACCCUGAGAGCAGGAUAAGCGGUUAAAAAAAAGAUAACGGAUGGAUGGAUAGUCACUAGAUAUUAGACAUUAGUACUUAUUUUCUAAACACUAGUCGCUAUUGUAAAGUCAUU